AAAAUAUCAUCCCUCCACCUGCCCUCGUCUUAUCCUCACCCACUUCCGCCGUCGGCGGCCGACUUGCAACCCAACAACGGCGAUGGCGGUGAGGGUCCCGGCGGCGGAGCUCAAACAGCACCCCUCGUCGCCGUUCACCGCAUCCCGCUGCCGCAGUCCACGCGACGCCGCCCUUCCGGCGCCUCUCCGGGUGGCAUCCAGAACGCCGCGGCGGCCGGGGGUAUCCAACAGGAUCAUCUGCCGGUGCACAUACACAGCGAUCCUUCCAAUUUAUGCCCAAAAUUUGCGCAAAAGUGGCUGCAGAGCUGCAGGGCAUAGGGGGAGCCAGGAGGAGGGAGCCGCUGGGCGUGGGGCGGUCAGCGCGCGCCUCCCGGUGCCGGACCACAUCCCCCGGCCUCCCUACGUUGGCGCUGACGCCAUCCCGGACGUGUGCCCCGACCGGCAGGUGCACGACGGCGAGAGCAUCAUGCUUAUGCUGGACGCCUGCGAGCUCGCCGCCCGAGUUCUGCAGUAUGCAGGAACACUGGUCAAACCGGCUGUGACGACGGAUGAGAUUGACCGAGCUGUGCAUCAGAUGAUCAUCGACGCAGGCGCCUACCCUUCUCCCCUUGGAUACGGUGGGUUUCCGAAGAGUGUCUGCACGUCAGUGAACGAGUGCACCUGUCAUGGAAUCCCUGAUUCUCGCGAGCUACAGGAUGGAGAUAUUAUCAACAUUGAUGUUACUGUCUACUUGAACGGAUAUCAUGGGGACACCUCAAGAACAUACCUCUGUGGAGAUGUUGAUGAAUCUACUAAACAACUUGUCAAGGUCACUGAAGAGUGCAUGAUGAGGGGCAUAUCAGCCUGCAGGCAUGGUGCUAGUUUCAAGGAAAUCGGGCAGAGAAUAAGUGAGCAUGCCAGCAAGUACGGAUACGGCAUUGACCCCUUUGUUGGGCAUGGCAUUGGGAGGAUAUUCCAUUGUGAACCCAUCAUAUGGAGCACAUACGAUUACGAGCCAGGGUUCAUGGUUGCAGGCCAGACGUUCACAAUCGUGUGACUGAAUGCGUGCAGAGCCAACGCUGUCAAUGGGGAGCACGCAGUGCGUGGUGUUGGAUGACGGCUGGACGGCGGUGGCGGCGGACGGCAGCCUCAGCGCGCAGUUCGAGCACACCGUGCUGGUCACCCGCGACGGCGUGGAGAUCCUCACAGGGUGUCCGUAGCGGGCAUCAGAUCAUGAAAUCGGGGUGGAAAUUUGCUACCGUCGUCGCUGACGGACGGACGACGUGCAGGCGUGAUGGUAUCGUUAGAGGAUUUUGGCAGAAUGAAGCUGCACUGCAGCAGCACAAGGGGAUGCACGAGAUUGCUGUGACGUGAUUGUCACACACCCAAUUUUAAAAUCUAUAUGUAUAACAGGACCUAAUUUUAUACAUAUAGUGAUACUAAGUGAAUAACAAUAGUAUUAGUGACAUAUAGUGAUAUUAUAAGUGAAUAACAGCAACGGUAUCACGUAAAGAAUAAGAGAUUAUAUUAGAGAUUUACGUUUAA